CUGCAAAAACAGAUAUAUUUUCGCGUUAGUUUGUGACUCAUCAGGUAGUUUUUGUUACACUCUGGAUGAAUCGCGAGAUGUGAUGUUUGCUCAUGCCGCGCAGCCUGCGCUUCCCUUUCCAGUGGAGACUCGCAGAACCUCCAAUGGAAGGGGGUACAUCCCUUCAGACUCCAUUUGCCCAGCCUGUAAAGUUUGGCACAGGUUCGCCUAUCAAAGAAAAUCAAAAUCCGGUGAAUCCAGUUUUACUUUCGUGCGAGUCGACCAAUGGUUAAACAUUAUGG